AAUCAAUUUUAGAAAGGAAGAACAUAUGCAACACAACACACGUACUCUUUCUCUCUCUUUGUGUAAAAGCUUUUCCAUUUAUUUUUUUCUCUCUCUAUAUUCAAUCUUCCGAUCUCAGGAAGAGAAUACCAAAUCCUCUUCCUUCAACGUUACAACAAUUUCCCAAACCCAAAUUUGUUUUAAAUUUAUUUCAUUCGAUUGAUUAAUUGAUUCCAUACAAAAAAAAAAUUAAUAGAUACAUACCUUAACAUAUCCAGAUUCAUUGCACGCACAUUCAUACACACACAUUUGUGUAGUUUUGUGGGAGUUUGGAGGCAGAGCUGAAAUUUUGAUAAUAUCCAAAUGCAUUGGUCUCGGAAGAGACCAGUUUCGAUAUCAUUUGAUUGCUGUGUUGUUGGAUCUGAUGGUGAGAAAAAGAAUUUUUUAUUUAGAUUGUUUAGGAAUUUCCAAAGAGAAUAAUAUUAAAAAUUUUAAUCCAACAAGCCCUAGGGGGGGCAGAGUUUUGGUGGAUUGGAAUUGGGAUUGGGUAGUGAGGGGUGCAGAGAAAGUUACGGUGGAGAAGCAGGGAGGGAGGAAGAGAUGCAGCUGCACUUCUCACCUAGUAUGAGAAGUAUAACAAUAUCGAGCAGCAGCAAUAGUGGAAAUGGAGGGUAUGUUGGGGAUUUGAUGAAGAUCAAGGUCGCAGCUCGCCACUUCUCCUACCGAACGCUUUUUCAUACCAUUCUUAUCUUAGCUUUCUUGUUGCCCUUUGUCUUCAUUCUCACUGCUCUUGUUACCCUUGAAGGUGUCAACAAGUGCUCCUCUUUUGAUUGUUUAGGUAGAAGAUUAGGACCAAAGCUUCUUGGACGAACUGAUGAUUCAGGAAGGCUGGUCAAGGAUUUUGUUAAGAUCCUCAAUCAAGUGAACUCUGAGGAAGUGCCUGCUGGUUUGAAACUCCCAGAGUCAUUUAAUCAACUUGUUGUUGAAAUGAAAAACAACAAGUACAGCACAAAAGAAUUUGCUUUGAUGCUAAAGGGAAUGAUGGAGAAAUCUGAAAGGGAUAUUAGGGAAUCAAAAUUUGCAGAGCUGAUGAAUAAACACUUUGCUGCAAGUGCAAUUCCUAAAGGCAUUCACUGUCUUUCGCUGCGGUUGACUGAUGAGUACUCCUCAAAUGCUCAUGCACGCAGACAGUUGCCGUCACCAGAGCUACUCCCUCUACUAUCUGACAAUUCAUUGCAUCACUUUGUAGUGUCCACUGAUAACAUCUUGGCUGCCUCAGUUGUUGUUAAUUCUGCUCUGCAGUCAUCUCUGAAGCCUGAAAAGAUUGUUUUCCAUGUUAUCACUGAUAAGAAAACAUAUGCUGGCAUGCACUCAUGGUUUGCUUUGAAUCCUGUCACUCCUGCUCUUGUGGAGGUUAAAGGUGUUCAUCAGUUUGACUGGUUGACAAGAGAAAAUGUUCCAGUGCUUGAAGCAGUUGAGAGCCAUCAUGGUAUUCGGAAAUACUACCAUGGAAAUCAUGUUACGGGUGCCAAUCUCAGUGACACAACUCCGCGAUCUUUUGCUUCCAAAUUGCAGGCUCGAAGUCCAAAGUAUAUAUCUUUGCUCAAUCAUCUUCGCAUAUAUUUGCCUGAGCUCUUCCCAAACCUUGACAAAGUGGUUUUCUUAGAUGAUGAUGUUGUAAUUCAGCAAGAUUUAUCUCCCUUGUGGGACAUUGACCUACAUGGUAAGGUCAAUGGAGCAGUUGAGACUUGUAAAGGUGAAGAUAAGUGGGUGAUGUCUAAGCGAUUCAGAAAUUACUUCAAUUUUUCUCAUCCUCUAAUAGCAAAGCAUUUGAACCCUGAUGACUGUGCAUGGGCUUAUGGGAUGAAUAUCUUCGAUUUGCGUGCAUGGAGAAAGAAGAACAUUACGGAUACUUAUCAUGCAUGGCUUAAAGAGAACCUGAAGUCAAACUUGACAAUGUGGAAGCUUGGAACGCUACCUCCUGCUUUGAUUGCAUUCAAGGGUCAUGUUCUCCCAAUUGAACCGUCGUGGCACAUGCUUGGCUUGGGCUAUCAGAAUAAGACCAAUGUCAAUAAUGUGAAGAAGGCUGCCGUAAUCCAUUACAACGGCCAGGCUAAACCUUGGCUUGNUCAUUACUCCACGUUUCUACCGUUUCUUGAUUCAAUCAUCUUGGUCAUAUUAGACUGUAGGCUAUGGAAAUUUGGUUCACAUAGUUGGGAAACUCCCCUGCUUAUUAUUUUUGUACUUGUUUUGUAUGAUUCAUGA